AAGAUGGUUGGACCGAGGACACUACCCUGAGGAACUCCUGCAAAGAUGUUCUGGAGCUGAGAUGAUUGACCUCCUACAAUCAUGAUCAUCUUCUUGUGUAUCAGAUUCCGCAUUGUUGGAAAGAACUACCGAACUUGUACAAUUAGGGGCUGGGAUGGACAGGUUCCAACAUGUGAAAUUGUCCAGUGUCCUGAUCCUCCACAUAUUGCUAAUGGGACAGUUUCAUCAUCUGACAGUGACUCCUGGCCAUAUGGAAGUAUAGCAAGAUAUUCAUGUCUUGGGAAUUAUUCACUAAUUGGUGAAGAAACCAUCACCUGUACAGUGACUGGGCAAUGGGAUAAGGAUCCACCAAGAUGUCAAGUUGUGCGAUGUAAUCGUCCUAAAGUGCCUGCAAAUGGAAAAAUGGUGGCAGGCUUUAAGAAAACGUACACGUAUCUGGACACUAUCACUUAUGGAUGCAACAAAGGUUUUAAAAUGUUUGGCGGAAGUGUCAUUGAAUGUCGUGAAAAUAACACAUUUGUACCUCCUCCACCGACCUGUGAACGUGACUGUGGAAAACCUCCUGUUCUGAAAAAUGGCUCAGCAGUUAAUUCUCCGACUACCUUUCCUGUGGGCACAAAUAUUACUUAUAGGUGUGAUACAGGAUAUGCAUUUCAGGAAGGAGGUUCAAAACGUAUUACCUGCAGGAAAGAUGGAACUUGGUCUCCCCUUCAUGCUGUCUGUGAACCAAUCAACUGUGGCAAUCCUGGAGAGAUUUUGAAUGGAUAUUAUAAUGUAUCAGAUACCACUUUUGGAAAUAAAGCUUAUUUUUAUUGCGAUAAAGGGCUUGGUUCAAUUGAAUGGUUGUAUGAUUUGAAGAUACCUGACUCCUUGUGCUGACCAAAAUCCGGAUUA